UGCUGCUGAUACUAUUACUGUCGGACUAAAACUAAGCCACCAACAUGGACAAUCGAAAGGACAUAGAUGGGGCCAGUGCAGUCAUUGACAUCAGUCAAAAGGAAAAGACUCAUAAGCAACUGGAUUGGUAUUACUCCCCAGCACAGUUAUUAUUCUGGUUUGGAUUGUUUUUUGCUGUGGUUGUGCCACUAUUCGAUUAUCUACCAACUGCAAUAAAAAUCAACGAGGAGUCCAGCAAUCCGGGUGAAUUUGUUGCGGAACGAGCAGAGCGCAUAUUGCUAGAGUUUGAUCGAAUGGGGCCGAAGAUUGUGGGCGACGAAAUGAAUGAGAAAAUAAUGGUAAAAUUCUUGCUCAACGAAAUUGAAAAGGUUCGCGCCGAAAUGCGUGACGAUCUCUAUGAACUAGAGGUUGACGUACAACAGGCAUCUGGCGCGUAUUUGCAUUGGGAAAUGGUGAACAUGUACCAGGGUAUGCAGAACGUGAUCGUCAAGCUGAGCACGAAGAGUUCCAAUAGUACAUCCUACCUACUAAUCAACAGUCAUUACGAUAGCAAGCCGGGAAGUGUGGGUACAAGUGAUGCCGGUCAUAUGGUGGUCACAAUGCUGGAAGUGUUGCGUCAAUUGGCCAAGUCAGAGGAGACCUUUCUACAUCCUGUUGUCUUUUUGUUCAAUGGCGCCGAGGAGCAACCGCUACAAGGCUCGCACGCCUUUAUAUCACAGCAUAAAUGGUCGGCCAACUGCAAGGCGUUGUUUAAUCUAGAUUCAGCUGGUUGUGGUGGACGUGAAAUUCUAUUUCAAGGCGGCCCGAAUCAUCCCUGGCUAAUGAGCCAUUACAAGAAGAGUGCCAAGCAUCCUUUUGCUACGACAAUGGCUGAAGAGAUUUUUCAAGCAGGCAUUAUCCCUUCAGAUACAGACUUUAGAAUCUUUCGCGAUUUCGGACCAGUGCCAGGUCUGGAUAUGGCGGGUUCCUACAAUGGAUAUGUUUAUCACACAAAGUACGAUCGCUUCAACAUAAUACCGCGCGGCUCUCUGCAAAACACGGGCGAUAAUCUUCUGUCUCUGGUACGGGGAUUCACCAAUGCCGAGGAGAUGUACGACACCGAUGCUCACUCCGAGGGUCAUUCCGUUUUUUUCGACUAUUUGGGCUUAUUUUUUGUCUACUACAAGGAGGCAACUGGUGUGGCUCUGAAUCUUUGUUUCUCCUUCGCUGGACUCAUCUUGGUAGGUGCAUCACUGUGGCGCAUGGGAAAACUAUCCGAUAUGACCUUUGGAAAAAUUACCGGCAUAUUUGGAAUGGUAUUUCUGCUGGAACUGGCUAGUUUCGUUCUGGCUUUGGGUCUACCACUACUGAUGGCUGUAUUUUACGAUGCUGGCGAUCGCACAUUGACGUAUUUUAGCAACAAAUGGCUUAUUAUCGGACUAUAUAUUUGUCCAGCGUUGAUUGGAUUGAUGCUUCCUAUAACAUUAUACCUCACAUUUAGACCGAAUGAUAAAAUCUCACAUGCCUAUCACCUUCAAAUGGCUCCUCAUGCCCACUGUGUUCUCCUCGCUUUGCUCUGCAUUAUUCUUACAGCCGUUGGUCUCCGUAGUAUCUACCUCUGUAUGAUCUCUAUAUUCUUCUACAUUUGCUCAUUGAUCAUUAACUUGCUAAGCAAGCUGCACGAUCGAGGCUACAUUUGGGCCCUGGUCCUAAGUAUAUGCCAGAUAAUGCCUUUCCUCUACUUUAGCUAUCUGUUUCUUGCAUUCCUCACUAUUACAAUUCCGAUGAUGGGUCGUAAGGGUAUUGACGUGAACCCCGACCUUUUAACUGCCGGAUUGUGUGCUUUGGGCACAAUUCUAUCAAUGGGUUUUAUUGCACCGCUUAUCAACAUAUUUCGUCGACCUAAUUCUGUAAUGGGUGGCUUAGCACUCAUUACAUUUAUAUUCUGCAUGAUUUCCGUAUCGGAAGUUGGUUUUCCUUACCGCACUAAGACGAGUGUCAUGCGCGUCAACUUCUUGCAAGUUCGCCGAACAUUCUAUGAGUACGAUGGUUCCAUAAGCUUAGACGACUCCGGCUACUACUUCGAUUUUCAGGAUAGGCGAGUAGAACAGCCUCUGAUCGACUCAAUGAACCUUACUGGCCUAAUUGGUAUUGCGGAUAAAUGUGAUUCGGUUAUGAUGUGCGGCGUACCCUGUUUUAAUCAUCGAUGGUGCAAGGCCCGCUACGAAGGUCAUUGGCUGCCCCGUGAAAAACCUGUUGAGAUUCCAGGCACUUCUGUACUGACUCUUCUAAGCAAAGUUGUGCUCUCGGAUGGGUUCACUGUACGUUAUGUGUUUAACCUCGAUGGACCGGCACGCAUGAGUUUGUUUGUCCAACCCAUGAGAGGAGUAAAACUGUUGAAUUGGUCCUUCCUGCAUGGAAUGCUUGACCAGCCUGCCACGUUUAGGCCACCGUAUCACAUUUUCUAUGCUUAUGGAAAUGAUGACACGCCCCUCGAGUUCUUCUUUGAACUAACUAAAGACGAUGGCAACUUCAAUGAACCCGUCUUUGAGAUUGGUGUCUCUGGCCACUACCUAAGCUUCCUACACAAGCGGGACGCUGAGAGUGAAAGGUUUAUUGCAAGUUUCCCUGACUGGGUUCAUGCCAUGGAGUGGCCCGCAUCCUAUGAACGAUAUGUGUAUUAAAAUAACCUAUGUAAUAUAACUUAAAUAAACUCGUUAUAUUACGUAUAGUAUACUUA